CGUGGGCAGAGCCGGGCAGCAGCUCCUCUGCUGCACCUCUCCAGGGAUCCCGCGGUGCGCAGCAGCCGCCAGGAGAGGGACACGCCUGGACAAAGAGUCUCAUCCUCUUUCCCAGACUCUGUUCCUUCUGGUGUCAAGCGCGUGUCGCUGUUUUUCUGAUUUAAUUUCAGAGUCUGUGAGUGACAGCAGGUGACAGGCUGGCAGUUCACACUUGUAUCACAGAGAAGCUCCAUGAUAACGGCACAAAGUCAUCUUAUCAGCUGCUGGAGAACCCUGGGCAGGGAAGACAUCCAAUCCCUCCUUCAUGAUUUUAAAUAUUGAUCAGAGACAGCAAUACCUGUGUGCUGUUGUGAGAUGUCCUGUGGUGGUGGAGAAACUGCUGCACACCCAGUGUGUAACCACCGUGGGGAGGAACACGGCUCCACUCUCCAGCUGAGCACUCUGAGUGGAAAUAGCAAAUCUGCAGCAUUCCUGGAAGUCAGGGGGAACAUCAGCACCAUGCAGUAUUCUCCUGUGGCGCUGAAUCCAGAGCCCUCCAUGGAUAAGGGAUCCAGCAUUCCCCAGAGCCCUGGGGAAGGCACAAAGGCUGCAGCCUGCUCGGACAGCGGAGCUGGCAGGGCUCGGACCACAGAGUGCUUCCAGAGCCCACACCUGACCAAAACCAGCACCCAGGGACGGGUCUACAACUUCCUGGAGAGGCCCAGUGGGUGGAAGUGUUUUAUCUAUCAUUUUGCUGUAUUUCUCCUGGUGCUGAUUUGUUUAAUAUUCAGUGUACUGUCUACUAUAGAACAGUAUUCUGAGUUUGCCAUUGGAACCCUUUUCUGGAUGGAAAUAGUUCUGGUGGUGUUUUUUGGUGCCGAGUACCUGGUCCGGCUGUGGUCUGCAGGCUGCAGGAGUAAAUAUGUUGGCUUCCAGGGAAGGAUCCGCUUUGCCAGAAAGCCAAUAUCCAUCAUUGAUCUGAUUGUGGUAGUAGCCUCAAUUAUUGUUCUGAGCAUAGGAUCUAAUGGGCAGGUUUUUGCCACCUCUGCAAUAAGGGGGAUCCGCUUUCUCCAGAUCCUUCGGAUGCUCCACGUUGACCGCCAGGGAGGCACCUGGAGACUCCUGGGGUCAGUGGUUUUCAUCCACCGACAGGAACUCAUAACCACGCUGUACAUUGGAUUCUUAGGAUUAAUAUUUUCAUCCUACUUUGUUUAUCUUGCCGAGAAGGAUGCAGUUGAUGAGGAUGGAAAGACAGGUUUCUCCAGCUAUGCUGAUGCCCUUUGGUGGGGUGUGGUAACAGUCACAACAAUUGGCUAUGGAGACAAGGUUCCCCAGACGUGGAUUGGGAAGACAAUAGCUUCCUGCUUCUCAGUAUUUGCCAUCUCCUUCUUUGCCCUGCCAGCUGGUAUUCUGGGGUCUGGUUUUGCCCUGAAAGUUCAGCAGAAGCAACGUCAGAAGCAUUUCAAUAGACAAAUCCCAGCUGCAGCUUCCCUAAUUCAGACCCUGUGGCGCUGCUACGCAGCAGAGAAAUCCUGCACCUCCACAGCCACCUGGAAGAUCUAUGUGACAGCUCCCGUGCAGAAUCCCAAAAAGUCUCCAGCGCCAUCUAGUCCCAGUCUGAGAAAACAGGCCAGAAGAUACAGAAGAAAAGGGAAGCUGGGCUGUGGGAAUGGUUCUGCACCUGUAAUAAACCCAGGAGAAAAUUCCUUGUCUGUUCCCCAGAUCACUUAUGAUCACAUUGGUGAACAAGAGGACAAAAAAGAUGUGUCUUUCUACAUUGAUGAACCCAAAGCCAGGAGACGCCUGGAAGGGCAGACCCCAGACAUGUCCCGGGCCAACAGCUUCACAGAUGACACCGACCCGGCACCCGAGGAGUCCCCGCUGCCGGCGGCUUCCGACGUGGCACAGCUGACUGAAGCACACAGAACAGCUGUGAAAGUCAUCAGGAGGAUGCAGUAUUUUGUGGCCAGAAGGAAAUUUCAGCAAGCUCGGAAGCCGUACGACGUCCGUGACGUGAUUGAGCAGUACUCCCAAGGACACCUCAACAUGAUGGUUCGCAUAAAAGAACUUCAAAGAAGGCUGGACCAAUCCUUGGGAAAGCCAGGUCUUUUCCUUCCAGAAAAAGGGGUAGACAAAGGAUACUACAGUAUAGGAGCCAGACUGAUCCGGCUGGAGGAUAAGGACCAUGGCUUCAUGUCUCUGGUAAUGAUGGUCACCAGUUCACCACACUACUUAUUCUCAAGAGGGAUGCAAAAUUUUUUACAUGACUUCCAUCAUAUAUUAAUGUUACCAUCAGCAUCUGUUACUGAUAAUUUCUGUGUUUUUGAAGAAGAGCUGGUAUAGUGAGUGAGCCAGCCCACCAACAUAGCCAGCAAAGGAAAAAGAAGAGAACAGGUUGGAAGAAAGGGAAAUGCAGGGGGUUUAUAUCUGAUGGUAAACACUUUCAUCCUUCCCUGCCGCUUGAAUAAUGCAUCCUAAUUUGACAUGACUAUACUGGUCACCAAGUUCAUGCUAGGGUUAUGUAAUCACAAUCUGAUCAUUUUUCUUAAGUGCUGCUCAGCACAGAAUCCUUUUAUGUGGAUAAAGGAAAGCAGCUAUUCUUUUUCUUGUGAUUUUUGGCUUGGGUGGAUAGAAGUGUCAGCCAAGAAUAAAAAUACAUUUAUAAUCUUUAGCCUUUUUCCCUCCAACACUUGUGAGUUGUACUAUUAUUUCUCCAUUGUCCUUCUAUCAGCUGACAGAGAACCUGGUGUUUAUGCCUCUGUUGGUUUAAUAGGACAUGGCUUUUGUUCAAGUUUAUUGAAGAACGCUCCAGAAGAUGAGUGUGGUCCUCAGACUGUGCCUGGCCAUAUGUGAAUGACUUUGGCUUUUUUAUUUCUUCCCUCACUACUCAGAAGCAGGAAGCUGGAACUCAGCCCCAUUUUGCUGUUCCACCUCUGUGGAAUUCCAUGACUGACAAUUGCCUCAGCUUCAGUGACUGCUUUUGUGGCAAAGUUAGGAGAACCACCUGCCACCUACCCACCUACUCUUCCUUUUCCAGCUCUGAAGUUGUCUCUGUAGGAAAAGCUGCAAGGGAUUUUAAUUCUGUGUAGAGUAAACCUUUCUCAAUAUUUCUAUUUUUUUUAAUAUAAUGUGGCCACCACUAUUUCAAGGAAAGAACUGUUUACUCAGAAAGUCCUUGCCAGUCCUUCUUUCCUAUAAAUGAAGUAAGGUACAGCCUUACUGGGGUUCAAUUUGCACUUGCAACCUCAUCUCAGGAUUUAAGUGUGCCUGGCUCUGCAUUUGUUGUGAGGCUUGAAAGGUGAGUGGUGCUGCAGCAAAGAGCCUUGUUGGGUCACCUUCUUUAGGAAUGGAAUUACUCUGGCAGGAGAGCUGAGUUCUUCUGGGCUGUUGGUAAUUUAGGCACUCACUACUUUGUUGUUUUAAAAAAGCCAACACUUUUCAGCUCCCAGAGGAGAUGUGUUUCGUGAAAAGAGUUUUGUGGUGAAAUACUGGUUGUGAUUUGGGUGCUACUCAUAGGAAUGAUUAGACACCUGUCUGCAUAAGUCUGUCCAAAGACUUACAUGAAUUUUGCAUAGGGGAUUAGCAGCUUUCAGAAGAAUUUAUUGUUACCUGACUGGUUUUGCAAAACAAAUAGGUGUGUGUUAAGUCCUCAGACAGCUGUAGAGUUGUUGAUAAAAAAAGAGAGGAUCAGCUUUGUUUUGCUGGGUUUUACACAUGUAUUUUAUUUAAAUGUUUGUUGCAGAGACAACCAUUGCUUGCUUGGUAGGGAGCUUCUGGAUUUCAGAUUCUGCAACCAGCAGCAACAUAUUGAAUAGAUUCUCCUUGUCUAACCAUAUUGUUGCUCCCUGUACUCAUUUCCUUUCCUGUAAAACAGGGAAAAUGGGUGCCCUGCAUGGAGGGUCUCUGUGCUUCUGGCUGGGGUGGGAAUGCCCAAAAAGGGCAGGUUUGCACCUCUGCUGAUCAGGGAUGUGUCACACACUGCAAAGCCUGCAUGGGCUGGGCUUUGUGUGAUGUACAGCCCUCAUGCAGCAUCCACACACUGAACCCAUCGUGUCCAGAAAAGUGGCUUUGCUUCAUGGGCAGAGAGGGAAAAAGGUGAAUCCUGGAAAACAGGGAUAACAACACUCACAGCGUGUUUAGAGGGUGUCCUUUGCAGAUAAACUCAAGAAUGUUUGUGGAGCAUUCCGACUCUAGGUCAAUACAUUAUUAAAUCAAAACAAAACACUCAUCAGGAAAUGAACAAUUUUAUAUUUAAUGCUGGCUUUGGAUGCUAUGCAGCAAAUAAAGGCACUGAGCAAUUUGUGUAAUAGGAAUUGUGAAUAGAUUUC